AUGCCUGCCUCGGAUCCCAGCAAUCUGCGGCUCCACGUGGCUUUGCUCAGUGGCCUUACUGCCAGCAUCGAAGCCCAAGGGCAUUGGAGCGUCAAGACCUUGCGGCAGCAUGCGCAGGAGAAGUUGGACAUUGGAUUUUGCAAAUUGAUCAAUGGAAAGGGCGAGAUUCUGACCAGAGGCUCUCUUGACGACUGCGGCCUUGCGGAUGAUGAAACGCUACAUGCCAUGGUCCGUCGUCCUCGCAUCGUCUCCAACCGUCGGGCACACGCCUUCGCAUGCAUCCGUGCAGAUGGCACUGUGAUCUCUUGGGGUUCCAAUGGCGCGGGCGACAGCGGCUCCGUGCAUGCACAGCUGGUGGAUGUCGUGGACCUGGCAGGCACCGCCGGUGCCUUCGCCGCGUUGCUGGAAAACCAAGAAGUUGUCACAUGGGGCGACUCCACCUUAGGGGGCGACGCCAGCUCAGUGUCACUCCGAGGGGUUCGGCAGAUCCAAGCCACAGCCAUGGCCUUCGGUGCUUUGAAGGAAGACGGCACCGUGGUGACCUGGGGCAGUAGCCAUUUGGGGGGCAACUGCAGCAGGGUCCAGGGCCACCUGAAAGACGUGUCGAGUCUCAGCGCCUCCGCGGGCGCCUUCGCGGCGUUGAAGGUGAACGGCCAGGUGAUCACCUGGGGACAGGAGGACUUUGGCGGCGACAGCUCCAAGGUUGAGUCGCAAUUGAAGAACGUCCAACACAUCCAACCAGCCUCCUUCGCGUUUGCUGCAGUCUUGGAGGAUGGUUCCGUGGUCACGUGGGGCGAGGCCAUGUCGGGAGGAGACAGUACAAGUGUCCAGGAGGAGCUGCAGAAUGUGAAAACGCUGAAGUCCACGGCGGCAGCCUUCGCGGCCAUUCGUUCGGAUGGUACUUUGGUAUCCUGGGGCGCAGCCGAUCAAGGAGGCGACAGCCAGGCAGUUCAGGCACAGCUUUGCCAAGUGAGUGAGGUCGAAGCAACUGGCAAGGCAUUUGCUGCGAUCUUGGCCACGGGCCGCGUGGUCACGUGGGGCGAUCCUGCAGCAGGAGGUGAUAGUUCCUCGGUGCAGCACCAGCUUUACGACGUGCAGCAGAUCGUUGGCUCCGCCGCCGCCUUUGCCGCGCUGCGCGGGGACGGCGUGGUGGUGGCCUGGGGCGAUGUGACCUUGGGCGGGGAUGUGGCGGACGCGGAGGAGAGGCUCCAAGGGGUGCAGCAGAUUGCGGCUUCCGCGGGUGCCUUUGCAGUCCAGAGUGGGGCGGUGAUCCAGCGACCGUGCCUUUGCAUGAUCGCAACCUCCUUCAACUGCACCGUGAUGGAACGACGGAAACGACUGAGACGGGGCGCCGGGUACGGCCGAGAUUGGCUCACUGAGGUCUCCCGAAAUGAAACCAUGUCACCUAGGUUCAGUUCUCCCAGGGCUUGCUUGGCGCUGCCCAGUUCACAUCCCUCCCUGUGCUGUUUGGCCAUGGCACAUAUCGCAAUUUCUUUUCCGCAGCGCAGCUUGGGACCCACCAAGUGGGUGCUCUUUCGUUUUCAGCCACCUGCAGAUUUGGGCACCUUUGAUGGGGAUUUGGUCACAAGCUACAGCAUAUUCUAUGCUUGUGGGCCGAAUUGCGUGAAGCUCUUGGAGGACUCCGAAUCCAGUGAAGUGAAGGUGAUCCGAGGAGCCCGUCCUACCUCCACCAUGAUCUCGGGCCUCAGGCCUGGAAGCGACAUUGCGGUGCAGGUCUUUGGCACGAACAACUUUGGAGAUGGACCUGUGAGCAACGUAGCAUUGUUUCGUUCCAAUCCAUCAGAACCUGAGGCACCCAAUGCUCCCAGAUCCAACUUGGCCGAACGAACCAGCUGGAGCACCUUUGUCAGCGUCCUUCCUUGCUAUGAUGGGGGCUGCCCUGUGACACAGUUCGGCUUCGAGAUCCAGGAAGUCAGUGACGGCAGCAUCAUGCAGACACCGGUUUGGGGCACGAACCCUCCUGAUGAGAAAGGCUACUACUUCUACAGUAUCAACACAUUACGCCCUGGCCGAAUCUACAAGUUUAGGGCCUUCGCCGUGAACGAGAUCGGCUCCUCCGAGUGGUCCGAGUGGUCCGACGAGUUGGAGACACAUCCCUUCGCGCCCGAGGCUCCCACGACGCCCCCACGUCUCAUGGAGCCAGAUGCGUACAAUUUCACUGCGACCUGGGACGAUAUUCCUGGCAACGGCUCUCCCGUCAAAGAGUGGGUGAUUCAGUGGUCGGUUGAUCCGCAGUUCUCCUCCAAAAACUCCAUCCGCGAAGCGAAAGUGGCGGAACGCACGUACCGCUGCAAUCGAUGCUUGCCCGGAUUGGUGAUGCACGUACGUGUCGCUGGGAUCAAUUCGGAGGGUCAGUCGCAUUUCGGACCCUCGGCCGUGCGGGACCUGGGUCCAAUCCUGGCGCGAAUGUUGGAACUUGGAUGUGCUUUGAUCAUGUUUUAA